UGCGGGAAGGGAGGGGCGGCGGAGGCCAGACACAUCUGGACCGGCCACUUGUCUCCCGCUCCCUCCGCGUCUCGUCUCUCCUCCAGGUCGAAGAGCCGCGGGAGGGAAGCGCAGGAUGCGCGGAGCAGACCGGCCUUGGGGCUCGGCUGCAGCGGCAGCUUGGCCGGAGCGGGCCGGGGCCUGACGGCCGUCGCCGCCGGGCUGCCCCUUGACCACGCAUCCUCCCCGGGGUCGGUGCGGAGGGUCAGGCUUCGCUGCCGGUCCCGUGUCCGCCCCUCCCCUUUCUCUCUCUCUCUCGACUUCGACACCCCGACACGUCCGGAGCCGACAUGGGCUGUUUCUGUGCGGUCCCGGAAGAAUUUUAUUGCGAAGUUUUGCUCCUGGAUGAGUCCAAGUUGCCCCUGACCACCCAGCAGCAGGGGAUCAAGAAGUCAACGAAAGGUUCUGUUGUCCUCGACUACGUAUUCCGUCACAUAAACCUAGUGGAGAUAGAUUACUUUGGACUGCGUUACUGUGACAGAAGCCAUCAGACGUAUUGGCUGGAUCCUUCAAAGACCCUCGCAGAACAUAAGGAACUCAUAAAUACUGGACCCCCAUACACUUUGUAUUUUGGUGUUAAAUUCUAUGCGGAAGAUCCAUGUAAACUCAAAGAAGAAAUAACCAGAUAUCAGUUUUUUUUGCAGGUUAAACAAGAUGUCCUGCAAGGUCGCAUGCCCUGUCCUGUCAACACUGCUGCUCAGCUGGGAGCAUAUGCUAUUCAGUCUGAACUUGGUGACUACGAUCCAUAUAAGCAUACUGCAGGAUAUGUAUCAGAGUAUCGUUUUGUUCCAGAUCAGAAGGAGGAGCUGGAAGAUGCCAUAGAACAAAUACAUAAAACGCUAAUGGGCCAGGUUCCUUCUGAGGCUGAAAUGAAUUACUUGGGAACUGCCAAGACCUUAGAGAUGUAUGGUGUUGACCUUCACCCUGUCUAUGGAGAAAGCAAGUCUGAAUAUUUCUUAGGCUUAACUCCUGUGGGUGUUGUCGUCUACAAGAAUAAAAAACAAGUAGGGAAGUAUUUCUGGCCUCGGAUUACAAAGGUUCACUUCAAGGAGACGCAGUUUGAACUUAGAGUGCUGGGAAAGGAUUGCAAUGAAACCUCAUUCUUCUUUGAAGCACGAAGCAAAAUCACCUGCAAGCAUCUCUGGAAAUGCUGUGUUGAACAUCAUACGUUUUUUAGAAUGCCAGAAAAUGAGUCAAAUUCUUUGUCGCGAAAACUCAGCAAGUUUGGUUCCAUGAGUUAUAAACACCGAUACAGUGGCCGAACAGCUUUGCAAAUGAGCCGAGACGUUUCCAUUCAGCUUCCCCGGCCGGAUCAGAACGUGGAAAGGAGUCGGAGUAAGACUUACCCUAAAAGAGCAGCCCAAGCCCAGCCAUCAGGCUCAAACAGCAUAAACCGGGUUACUGCAAACAUGGAAAAUGGAGAAAAUGAAGGAACCACUAAAAUUAUUGCACCUUCACCAAUAAAAAGCUUUAAGAAGGCAAAAAAUGAAAAUAGCCCCGAUACCCAAAGAAGCAAAACAAGUGCACCGUGGGAAGAAAAUAGCCCUCAGAGUGGGCUGUACAAUUCUCCCAGUGACCGAAAUAAAUCACCAAAGUUCCCUUACUCUCGCCGACGAAACCCAUCAGGUGGAAGUGACAACGAAUCUGGGCAGCCUGUUAGAAGGAGGAAGGCCCCAAACAGUGGUGAAGACUCAGACCUGAAGCAAAGGAGGAGAUCACGAUCCCGUUGUAACACAAGCAGUGGAAGUGAAUCUGAAAAUUCGAAUCGAGAACACCGGAAAAAGAGAAACAGGAUCCGGCAGGAGAAUGAUAUGGUUGAUUCAGCUCCUCAGUGGGAAGCGGUUUUGAGGCGACAGAAGGAAAAAAACCAAGCUGAUCCCAACAACAGAAGAUCCAGACACAGAUCUCGUUCGAGAAGCCCGGAUAUCCAAGCAAAGGAAGAGUUAUGGAAACACAUUCAGAAGGAACUUGUGGAUCCAUCGGGCCUCUCGGAAGAACAACUGAAAGAGAUUCCUUAUACCAAAAUAGAGACUCAAGGAGACCCAAUCCGCAUCAGGCACUCUCACUCCCCGCGAAGCUACCGCCAGUAUCGCCGGUCCCAGUGUUCUGAUGGGGAGAGAUCCGUUCUAUCUGAAGUGAAUGCAAAAACUGACCUUGUGCCUCCUCUCCCUGUGACUCGCUCUGCAGAUGCUCAGUGUGCCAAUGCGCCUACCUCUCAUCAGAGAAGAAAUGGGUCUAAAGACAGCCUGAUAGAAGAAAAAUCUCAAACGUCUACAACCACACUGGAUGGGAAACACAGUGCUAAGACAAUAAAAACUGUACAAGUACCCCGCCUCAAGAUAGAGACUUGACUCCUGUGAUAGACGCCACGAUUCCUUUGAAACUGUGAAUUAUGUAACAAAUCAAGUGUCAAAAGAGUCUGAUAAGUAUCAGUCAUGAAUUUCCUCUCGAUAUUUAAAAACUGCAGUGUGUUUUCCCCCCAGAUAGGCACCAGUUGCUUGAAAUUGGCAGUGUUGAUGUCCAUCAACUUGGUGCUACCAUACUGGAAUCUUCAGGUUUGACUUUGAAUAUUGCCUUGAAUGUCCUGUGUCCAUUGGCAGUUAGUGCUUCAGAGAAGUGUAACCCCACCACCCCCAGACCGCAACUGGUGACCUCGACAUCAGGGUGGGAAAGGACCCUUCCUGCCUCCAGCUGGUGCUCAGCCCCUGCCUGCUGCUUGAGGACAGAUGGGAACCUCCUGUCAUUCGCACUAGAUGUUCUUGUUCCUAUAAAUGUUAAAAAAUUCUCUUAAAAAAAUCUACCUUAUGGCAGUGCAUUCUGCAGAUCAUUUACAAAUGUCGUAAAGAAAGUUUUUUUAAAUGUGUUGCCUUUUAAUUUCAAGUGCCCUUGUCUUGUGUUUGAUAAAGGUAAAAAUGACUCACA